GUUGAAGAAUGAAGACUUAUAGCACAACAAACCAAACCCAUCAUCCUUCACGCCAAGUAAACGAUUCCUUUCCUCAACUCUCUCUCUCUCCUCUCAUCUUGCUUCGGGCCGAACUUUACCCGGAUCAGAACCCGUUUCAUGCAACCACUGAUUUCACGUUGUUCAAAACAAAAACUGUCAAAUACUAGAAUUUAAAUCGACCCUUUGACUAGAAAAUCACACCAACGUUAAAAAAAUCGUUUUUUCUUGGUGGGUUUUGGUUUUUCAGCUGAAAAAAUGGUGGGUUUGUUUUCUAGAUUCUCUGUUGGAAAGAAUAUCCAUCGACGAACACAAAGUGCUCUGGAUGAGAGGGAAGUGACGCCUGCAAACUCAGAGGUGGCGGCUGCUGUAGCUGCAAGUGCUACCACUGCAACUUCUCAUGGAAUUGAAGUGGCUGUUGAGUUUAAGCCAGUUGAACAUCCAGUUGAACCCCUUGAUAAUGAUCGACCUAUUCAGUGCCCAUUACCAGAACCAUCUAUUCUCAAUGAUGGAAGAAUAUGGAAAGAACGGGCAUCUGCUACCGUGCGUAGAAGAGGCGACCUGCCAGUAAUGAAGGAAGGGGGAGCCAUUGAGUCUGAAGGUCCUGCUCCUCGGCCGCGAAGAUCUCACUCUAAUCGAAUGAUCCUACCAUCCCUUAGUGCUCCUGAGCAUAAUCUUCUAAAACUUCUUGAAGAGUCAGGCAUUUAAACUGGUAUUGUUUUUAAUGUGGUAUUUUGGUGUCAUGAAUUUCAUCAACUUAUAUGUGGUAUACAUUUUUUGUCAUCCUUUACUUAGCUCAAUGUUAUAUACCCCAGAAUAUGCGUAUGUAUAAUAAUUACAAAGGUACAUUUUUACUCACUGUUUUAUAUGAUGACUCGAGUAAUAUAAUUCGAAUUUCUUCUUUUGGUCCA